AUGUUUGAGAUUGGUCGUCUCACUGAGAAUCCUCUUGUUGUUGGCAAUAGUCUAAAGACUGAAAAUUCUCAGGUCAAUAAAAGUACUCGAAAAUUUGGAUUGCGAGACAUUAACAUCCAACAAAAUGCUCCUGUACAACAAGAACUAAAGCAAGGUCCGAAGGUGCUUGUUCCUGAAGAAGCUUUUGGAGAUGAACGCGAGAAUUAUAUUCCUCCUGGGGACACAGAUGAAUAUAAUUAUAUACAUGAGCGGCUGGUCAACUUAAAUUCGCUGCUUGAUGGGGUGAUUUUUCUGUCAUGUAAAAACUCUUCGGUUAGUACGGAAUAUCUCAUCGAAAGUGAUACUCAUGAGUGUGACGUAUCAGACAUAGAAAUACCAGAUGAUGAGAUCAAUGCUAUAUUCACCCAUAUUGGUUAG